UGUAUGUGAGCGUUUGCGAGGCAGCACAGCCGCCUGUGUGUUUACAUAUCAGCUUAUCAGUGCAGCUGGAUUUAGCGCAUCUGGAGAGGAUGAAGGCAUUUUGCGGAUGCCCCAAUUGAAAUUGAAAAGGGAUUCUAAUUGCUAUUGGACAUACAUCCACCUUUAGCUCUUAGAUCUGAGCCUGUCUUGUUUGCUGCAUCCCUGUCUCCAUGCUUUUGGAGGCAUUUUGAAUUUCCUUGGCAACAUGGAGCUGCUUGAAUUAGAAUUCUCUGCAUGACAGUCCUGGUUCACAGUAGGAUGGUCUCUGCUGAGGCAGGGGGGCACAGCUACUUAGUGGCGUGCUGGCAGCCCAUCCUCGUCCUGAUGCUGGGCACCGUCCUCUCUGGCUCAACCACCGGAUGCCCUUCCCGAUGUGACUGCAAUGCCCAAGAGCGCUCGGUCGUGUGCCAUCGAAGACGAUUGGCUACUUUCCCUGAAGGCAUCCCCACUGAAACAAAGCUCCUGGAUCUGAGCAAGAAUCGUCUAAAACUUCUUGGGCCAGAGGAAUUUAUCAACUACCCACAGCUGGAGGAGCUGCAGCUAAAUGAAAACACCAUUUCCUCCAUUGAGUCAGGGGCUUUUAGCAACCUCAUGAAUCUACGGAAUCUCGGGUUGCGCAACAACCACCUGAAGCUCAUUCAGCUUGGGGUGUUCACAGGCCUUAAUAACCUUACACAGCUGGAUAUUAGUGAGAAUAAAAUUGUCAUUCUGCUGGACUACAUGUUCCAGGAGCUCUACAACUUGAGGGUACUGGAAGUCGGUGACAAUGACCUCGUUUUCAUUUCACCACGAUCAUUUCAUGGCCUCAGCAAUCUUGAAACCCUCAACAUUGAGGGUUACAAGCUGUCUUCAGUGCCCACUGAUGCCCUGAGCCAUCUGCACAACCUGCUGUCACUUCGAUUACGGUAUCUGAACAUCACUGCCAUUAGGGAUUACUCAUUUAAGCGGCUGUAUAGGCUCAGAGUUCUAGAAAUAUCACAGAUGCCUUCCCUGGAUACCAUGACCCCAAAAUGCUUGUUUGGAAUGAAUCUGACAUCUUUAGCAAUCACUAAUUGUAAUUUCACUUCCAUCCCUUACCAGGCUAUCAGCCACCUAAAUUAUUUACGAUUUCUAAAUCUGUCUUUUAAUCCCAUUCUUACUGUUGAAGGGAACCAACUUCACAAUCUACAAAAGCUCCAGAUUUUUCAUUUGGCUGGUGGCAGAUUAAUUGCCAUUGAGCCUUACUCUUUCCGAGGACUAAAUCAUCUGCACAUUCUCAAUGUUUCUAGUAAUAGAUUGAGCACCCUGGAGGAGUCUGUCUUCCACUCAGUGGGUAAUUUGGAAACUCUGGCUUUGCAUGACAACCCUUUGGCCUGUGACUGUCGCUUGCUCUGGGUUUUCCGCCGGCGGUGGAGGUUAAACUUUAAUAGACAGCAGCCUAUCUGUUCGUCACCUGAUGUUGUGCAGGGAAAGGAGUUCAAGGACUUCCCAGAUAUCCUGCCUUCUGAUUAUUUCAUCUGCCAUAAAUCGAAGAUUGUGGAUAACAAGGUUCAAGAGAGCCAUGUGGAUGAAGGAACUACAGUCAGUUUUACUUGCCAAGCUGAGGGUGAGCCAGCCCCUGUCAUCAUGUGGCUUUCUCCUAAGAAAGAAUACAUCACCACCAAAACUGUGGGGACAAGACUUUCUGUGUCCGAUGAGGGUGGACUAGAGGUUCGUUAUGCCCAAAUCCAAGACAACGGGACCUACUUGUGCAUUGCAAGCAAUGCAGCAGGCAAUGACACCAAAGUUGCUCAUCUUUUUGUGCAUAGCUACUCCCCUAAUUGGCCUCAUCAACCAAACAAGACAUUUGCCUUCAUUUCCAACCAACCCAACGAUGAAGGUGCAAAUGUGACCCGGACCACAAUUCCAUUUCCAUUUGAUGUAAAGACACUAAUCAUUGCAACCACAAUGGGGUUCAUCUCAUUCCUUGGUGUUGUACUCUUCUGUCUAGUAAUUAUUUUCCUCUGGAGCAGAGGGAAGAACAACGCAAAACCAAGUAUAGAGGUUGAGUAUGUGCCACGCAAAGAAGAAGCAGAAGAGGCUAGUCCGGCAGAGACACCCAUACAAUUCAACAUGAAAAUCAUGUGAACCCUAAAAUGUGGUCAAACAGUGUAGAUUUAUGAACUCCAGUUGGGAUACACACUCUUUGCUUCAAAUGUUUAACGGUACUUGUGUGAUAGCAAAUACACAGCUGCAAAAGCAUCUUGAUCCUAUGUACUUACUAUUAUUUUUUUACGAAAAGAACAUGUUGCAUAACUGUAAACACUGUACUGGCAAUACUCUAGUAUGUUAACAUGCACACAUAUACUGUAUUGGAUGCAUGCCUGUAACCAAAUUAAGGUAAUUGUCAAUGAGAACCAAGUGAUACAAAUUCCCACAUAAAUUAACUCAAUAAAUAAUGAUGAUAGAGGAAUACUCUCCUCAUCAGCACAGACUAAGCAAACAUAAAUUCUCUUUCAGAUAUAUAAAGCCUAUUAAACACUGUUUUUGUUAGAUUAAAUGUCCCAUCACAAAAAUAAUAAUAUAAGGGCAUUAUUUUUUUUUUUAAUAAAGCAAGUAUAUCGAAUGGAUGAAUUCUUAAUUUGAGAUUAAGGCCAUGCCAUUUCUAAGAUUGGUCGUAAUACUUUAAAACUGAAUGUCAGCUAAUGACAUUUAAAUAUUUGAAGAAAGUCACAGACUGUGAAGUGGUACGUUCGCCUGGCUUUGGUGCAGGAAGUGUGUGUUCAGUUCCCACUAAGUGACAGUAUGGUUCUGAGUGAGAAUGGUUAUCUGUCUGUCUGGUGUGCGCUAGGACUGACCAGUGACCAGUCCAGGGUGUAGUCCGCCUUUCGCCUGAAGUCAGGUGGGAAAGGCUCCAGCUCCCUGCAUCUCUCAACGGGAUAAGUGAUAUGGAUUAGAAAAUGGAUGGAUGGAUUGCUAUUUGAAGAGAUAAAUACACUAACUUUGUUUUUAUUGACAGCAGCAUAUUCUGAUUAGCCCAUCUAACAACCAUGUGUAUUUGUUUAUUUGUACAUUGUCUGAAUUUUUCAACUGAUGACUGAAGAUGUAUCUGUAAACAAGCUAAUUGUUUUUAAAAUAUUGAAAUUUGUGUUACAUUUAUUCAUCUUUAAUGGUUAAGCAUGAUAAAUAAAAUGGUAAUGUUCCUUAAUCUGGUUACAUUGCAUGAUAAUAAAUAGUGUGCAUGUUAACACGCCAAGAAUUAUAUGAGUACAGUAUGUGAUAUUUUCCGCCAGCAAAGAAAAUAUAUCAGAUGUUUUGACAUGUUCUGAUAAAGGGUGUUUUUUUGUUUCUUUGUUUUCCUUUCUUACAGAUAUUCUUUCAUUGCAAUGGUUUUCAAGGAUGUGGAAUUUAAGCAUAUUAUAUAACUUCAAGAGCAGAUUAUGUAUUCAAGAAAUACAUUUGAUGUACCUUAUUCAAAAGAGAAAGCAAGCAUAUAAGUUCCCAAGAUUUGAUCAAAAAUCAGCAAAUGAGUAGUACAUAAUUAAUUUGAAAGCAAUUAUAAUUUAGUGAUAAAGGUAUAUUGGGAAUAAUAGCAGUGUUUUUUAAAGUGAAUAAAGCUUAAAUCCUCACAGUUGCUAUUAUUUCUAUAAAUGUAAAUACACUAGGAACACUAACAUUCUAAUCCACAACCAAACAUGAAGAAAUGCAUAAAAUGUGUUAUUUAUUUGCAGUACACAGCGUUCAAAAUGAUUAAACAGUACAUAUUGCUGCCGUUGGGCAGAAUCCUCGUAUCUCAAAAACCAAGACUUUUCAGGAAACCCAAAAAACGUCAUGUUAAUAAAACUAUUUUUUUUUUUUUUUUCUAGGGAAGUUUUGUCAUAUGUUGUUUCUCCUGUAUAUUUAGAUAACUGUUAGCAAUCACGGACAGGUUUGAUAAUUAGUUGGCCAAGUGAGCUUGAUUUAAGGAAAAUUACUUAAGGCGAUUGUUCCACAAUAUUAAGCAAGUCAUAGUCAUGCAUAAAUGGGAAAAAAAGAAGGAUCUUUCUGCUGAUGAAAAGUGCAGAAUAGUCCAAUGUCUUGCAGAAGGAAUGAAAAGACUACAUGUCAAAAAAAUCCUUGUACUGUAAUGUUAAAUAAUUUGUGUGUGGCUCAGAGGGCAAACAGGUUUGUUCUGAUAAAGGCGUAUGAUGGAAAGUUUGUCAGGCAAAUUCAUCUUAUUAAAAAACCAACUGUUAAAAAUCAAUUGGGGAGCAGCAAGCAGGCAUUUGAAGCUGCUGGUGUCUUUGGUGUCCCAAGAACGUCUCGUUGCGGGAUCCUCCAAAGUCUUGCAAUCUUGCAUAAAGCUGUAUAUCGGCCAUUACGAAUCAAUCUCACAAGUGGGAUUGCAGUGGGCUCGGAAAUACAGUGCAUGAGAACUAAUUUUCAAAAAUUGUAUUCACUGAAUAAUGCCAUACUAUGGAAUUCUGGCUGGUUGGUGGAUGGCCACCAUAUCCCCAAGGUUGCAACGUCAACGAGGAGGUCGCUGGGUAUGGUUUUGGGAUGGAAUAAUAGGGAGCGAGAUGGUAGGCCCCUUUAGGCCGCCUAAGGUGUCAAAAUGACCUCAGAAAAAAUAUGUAAAGUUUCUAACUAACCAUUUUAUGCCAUGUUAAAGAAGAACCCUGCCCAAACUGAAUAAAAUGGUCAUUAUUGGUAAAAAGGGAGAAAAACUAAUGGUGUGGAGACCUUUAUCCGCUGACCUCAAGGCUUUUGAGACCCUAUGGAACAUCUUUAAUCUAUGAGGAUGCAUGGAAGUAUAACUUCCAAACUCCAACUCUGAGAGCUGUCAUUAGUAAUUAGGGGGACCUAUCCUCGGAAAUACAGUUUCAAAGGAUGAAAGUUAAGUUGAUAUGAAAGAGUGGUGAUUCCUAUGUUAACAUGUACCGGUAUUUAUACAAUAUAUAAAAAUGUAUUUCUAUGUAAUAAGAGAAAUAUGACAGAUUUUUGUUUACAGUUCUUUAUAACCUUUUGUUUGUUUUUAAAUGAUGUGUGCAAUAAUUUGAAACACUAUAUUUUGAGUCAUUUUGAAAAAACAGUAUUGUUGUGGUGGUGGUGGUUUUAGUGAAAAAAAAAAUCCAGAAUAUUAUAAAAAGCAAUAUUUCACCCCAAAAAAAACUGAACCAUUAAGUCCAAUGUUUUAUGUUAGCCACUCUUAUUUUUUUUUCAACUGGCUGCUUAUAGGUCAUUCUUCUGUAGGAGGAACAAAUACCUGUGGGUGAGAUUAAGCUUUUUGUCUCUGGGCAUCAUACAACCCCAAUUUCAAUGAAGUUGGGACGUUGUGUUAAACAUAAAUAAAAACAGAAUACAAUGAUUUGCAAAUCAUGUUCAACCUAUAUUUAAUUGAAUACAUUAUAAAGACAAGAUAUUUAAUGUUCAAACUGAUCAACUUUAUCGUUUUUAGCAAAUAAUCAUUAACUUGGAAUUUUAUGGCUGCAACACGUUCCAAAAAAGCUGGGACACGGUCAUGUUUACCACUGUUACAUCACCUUUUCUUUUAACAACAUUCAAUAAAAGUUUGGGAACUGAGGACACUAAUUGUUGAAGCUUUGGUCUCCAUUGUCUUCAUAAUGCGCUACACAUUUUCAAUGGGAGACAGGUCUGGAGUGCAGGCAGGCCAGUAGAGUACCUGCACUCUUUUACUACGAAGCGACGCUGUUGUAACGCGUGCAGAAUGUGGUUUGGCAUUGUCUUGCUGAAAUAAGCAGGGGCGUCCAUGAAAAAGACGUUGCUUGGAUGGCAGCAUAUGUUUCUCCAAAACCUGUAUGUACCUUUCAGCAUUAAUGGUGCUUUCACAUGUGUAAGUUACCCAUGCCAUUGGCACUAAGACAGCCCCAUACCAUCACAGAUGCUGGCUUUUGAACUUUGCGUCCAUAACAGUCCGGAUGGUUCUUUUCCUCUUUGGUCUGGAGGAGACGACGGCCACAAUUCCCAAAAACAAUUUGAAAUGUGGACUCGUCGGACCACAGAACACUUUUCCACUUUGCAUCAGUCCAUCUUAGAUGAGCUCGGGCCCAGAGAAGCUGGCGGCGUUUCUGGGUGUUGUUGAUAAAUGGCUUUUGCUUUGCAUAGUAGAGUUUGAAGUUGCACUUACAGAUGUAGUGCCGAACUGUAUUUACUGACAUUAGUUUUCUGAAGUGUUCCUGAGCCCAUGCGGUGAUAUCCUUUACACAUUGAUGUCGUUUUUUUAUGCAGUGCCGCCUCAGGGAUCGAAGGUCGCGGGCAUUCAAUGUUGGUUUUCGGCCUUGCCACUUACAUGCAGUGAUUUCUCCAGAUUCUCUGAACCUUUUGAUGAUAUUAUGGACCAUAGAUGAUGAAAUCCCUAAAUUCCUUGCAAUUGUACGUUGAGGAACAUUGUCCUGAAACUCUUCAACUAUUUUCUCAUGCACUUGUUCACAAAGAGGUGAACCUCGCCCCAUCUUUGCUUGUGAAUGACUGAGCAAUUCAGAGAAGCUCCUUUAAUACCCAAUCAUGGCACCCACCUGUUCCCAAUUAGCCUGUUCACCUGUGGGAUGUUCCAAACAGGUGUUUGAUGAGCAUUCCUCAACUUUCUCAGUCUUUUUUGCCACCCGUCCCAGCUUUUUUGGAACGUGUUGCAGCCAUAAAAUUCUAAGAUAAUGAUUAUUUGCUAAAAACAAUAACGUUUAUCAGUUUGAACAUUAAAUAUCUUGUCUUUGUAGUUUAUUCAAUUAAAUGUAGGUCGAACAUGAUUUGCAAAUCAUUGUAUUCUCUUUUUAUUUAUGUUUAACACAACGUCCCAACUUCAUUGGAAUUGGGGUUGUAUUUUGCUGCACAAUGCCUUGGUAAUCUUGAGAUUUUAUUGUACCCACCACAGGUUGAAGAUACACACUGUCAGAUGCAGCAAAGCAACCAUGUUGACUGAAAUAUCUUGAAACUGAUGAGACUGGAAAUUGCCAAAACACAUAUUGACAAGUGAUAAAUGUUUUGGGUGAAUAUACUUUCAAAAAAUGAGACAAAACGGGAGCUUUUUUUUUUCUUUUUAGCAAUUUCUGUCAGGUCUAUGUUUACAGACACCGAAAAAAAAUAAACAUACAAACAGAAGGACACUGUGGCAGCUGUAAAAUCAUGGAGGAGGCUCGAUUGUGUUCCGGUGCUACUAUGCCGCAUCCGGUCUUUAAAUUGUGCAGGGUACAAUAAAAUAUCAAGGCAUUCUGGAACAAAAUGAGCUGACAAGUGUGAGAAGGCUUGGGCUCAGCAGGUCAUGAGUCGUCCAAUAGGAUAAUGACCCAAAUACUGUACAAUGCUAAAAAUAAAUAAUGACUAAGAACAAAAAAUCAGACUAUUCUAAAGAGCCCUGACCUAAAUCACAUUCAACAUCUGUGGAAGCAGCUGAAACAUGCAGUAUGAAGAUGGCAUCCUUCACACCUGAGAUAGCUUGACCAGUUUGCUCAUGAAGGGUGGGCCAAAAUAAUGGUCAACAGAUGCAAAAAUCACACAUUGAGAAUCACAUAUUCAUUUGAUGGCUGUGCUUGACUCACUUAGGGGUACCAUAAUUUUUUUUCCAGCUCAUUUGAAAAAUAAUUAUCGCCUGUUUUUUUUGUUUUUUGGUGAACUUUUAAAAUUAUUAUUUCUUUUUUGUCAGUUUCAAGUUAUUUCAGUGACCAUAGUGUUUUUUCUUUUCUUUAACAGAAGUGUACCAAGGGUUUUUGUAUAACCACUGUUUAUGAGAAAUAUGUCACACCUGUUUUGCAUAGAGUGAACUGGUAUACCAGUCCAGGACGAGUGAACAACAUCCCUCUGCAUUACUUGAAGAAGGCUAUGAGAAACCAAAUUGUCAGCCGGAAGCCCCUGCAAAAUCCAAUUGUUGAAAAUCGACAAAAUGUUAGCAUUUCCGAAAGACAUUGACUGGCCUAAAGAGAAAUGUUUUGUGAGCUCUUGACAGUAAAAUUGUUCUUUUUGGGUCUGGGGCCCUCAGGCAGAUUGUCAAAAGACCUGCAAUCGUAUAUGGCAAUGUUUCUCAAACUACGGUUUGGGCCUUUUUGUUGGACACCAUCCAUCCCUCCAUUUUCUGAGCCGCUUCUCCUCACUAGGGUCGCGGGCGUGCUGGAGCCUAUCCUAGCUGUCAUCGGGCAGGAGGCGGGGUACACCCUGAACUGGUUGCCAGCCAAUCGCAGGGCACAUAGGAACAAACAACCAUUCACACUCACAGUCAUGCCUACGGGCAAUUUUAGAGUCUCCAAUUAAUGCAUGUUUUUGGGAUGUGGGAGGAAACCGGAGUACCCGGAGAAAACCCACGCAGGCACGGUGAGAACAUGCAAACUCCACACAGGCGGGGCCGGGGAUUGAACCCGGGUCCUCAGAACUGUGAGGCUGACGCUCUAACCAGUCGCCCACCGUGCCGCCUGUUGGACACCAGUGACCAUGUAUUUGAGCAGGGCCGGCCCGCCCACAGGGCGAGGUUAGCAAAUGCUUGGGGCGCCGCGGCCUCAAGGGGGCGCCAAAUUAUGUUGUGAAAACAAUGUUUCAUUUUGAUUUUGUUUGAAUUGUUUGGUGGAAACAAAUAUUUUUGCGGGGUAAAUUCAUCUUCAGUACAAUUAUAUUAAAAUGAAAUUAGAAUUAAAUUAAUAUAAACAAUUAAAUAAAGAAGAGGAACAUGGUGAACUAUGUACAGUACUUUGGAAUCAGCUCACCUCGAGGCUCUCUUGUUCCCGUUUCGCCCACAAUGUGCAGAGCGAUGCAUUCAAAGCCCCUCAGAAUUAACAGCUCUGAGCAUAAAGGAAUACUUCUUUCUCUCGCACCCCCCCCCCCCCCC